AUGCAUUUCGUACGCCUUUCGUUUUUCAUCGGCUGCUACCUGCUCCUUGGGAGAGCAACGGCGGAGGAGGACCUCUCUGAUGAAGAUUGGGAUGCUGAGAUUGGAGAAGAUGAGACCUUCGACGGAGAUUAUAAUGAUUAUAUGAUGGGUGGCAUGCGUCCUCUCGAGAAAGAUCAAAUCCUCACUUUGUUCGAAAAGCAUCUUGAUAUCGAUGAGGAUGGUUUGGUGACUCUAGAGGAGAUGGGGGAAGUCACUCGGAAAACUGCGAGGCUCGAGUUCCGUCAGCAGAUCGAAGCUGAUAAGAGCUCGUUCGAUACGGAUGGAGAUGGGGCAGUGAGUUUGGAAGAACUCUUGGCUCUCUACGACUUGGGUGAAGGUGGUCCAUCUGGUGAACUCCGCCAGCAGUGGAUAGAGGCUAACACACACUCCCUUGAAAAGCUUUUCAGAGUUGGAGAUGUCGAUUCUGACGGCCACUUGAGCUUCGAUGAAUUCGUCUCAUUCUUCAUCCCUACUCCGGGGUCUGAUCUGGCCGAGACUGUCGUGGUGACAGACUUCACGUAUAGGGAUCUCAAUCAGGAUGGCAAACUUGAUGCGAACGAGGCCCUUAAAGAGAAGCAUGGUGCCGACGAUGCUGGUGAGGUAGAAGGGAGCGAGUUUAGGAAAUACGAUGCUGAUGGAGAUGGGUACUGGAGCUUGGAGGAAUUCGAGGUAUACAGCCGCGAUCUCGAGAGCGCGCAUCUUGAACCUGGCCGCAACUUGUUAGAGCUGAUCGAUGGAGACGGCGAUGGAAAGAUAAGCAUGGAAGAGUUGGAAGAGGCUCUGGAAGACAUGGAAAAGUUUACAAGUCUUAGAGCUCAUCCGUUCAUCCAGAGCCUGACCGUGCUACUGCUUCCGGAGGACCCUAUUGGUGAUGAGGGAGAGGAGGGUGCAGAGAACAUUGGGGAUGCAGCUGAGACGGGUCAUCCCGAAGAUCCCGAUGAUGAGGAAGACGCGGACCUUUGA